GCUUCGCGAAUACAUAAACAAAGUAGAAAUCCAACUCGUACAUAAACUAAUUAGGAUCCAACCUAUACAAGUACGAAUCUCACACAACAAAUACAUCUUCAAGUAAAUCUAUUUGCUAAAUUGAAUCAUAAACUGAGUUCCACUCUCUGACCUUAUGCUCGUAAUCGGUCCAUUCAAAUUAGCAAAUGUACGACGUGGAAUACUUAUCGAUUCACGCGCUCAAAACUUAGCCUGAGAGGUAAUGGACAAAUGGACGACUGCUGGGAAACUGGGGAUUGAAUGCUAAAUUGAUCGGACCAUAGCGUGUGCCAAUCGACCUUCCUCCACGACUAAUUUUACGCACAAGUACCGAGCAAUUAUAUCGUAGACCCUUUUCAUACUCAUUUCGAUGGUUUGGCAUGGGUAAUUGAAAUACGAGAUGCACUGUGAUUUAUAGCGUUAAUGUAUAAAUAAAAAAAUUAACUUGGUACAUGCUAAAUAUUAGUAACAAUUAUAAUAUCUCACGUGAGUAAAGUAAUUUAAUAAUAUCAAGUAAAGAUUUAGUUCAAUUUCUAUACGACAGAGAUUUUUUGCCGAAAUCCAUAAGAAACGAGACAAAAGAUCGUGUCAAUUACUUAACAUUCUAUGCGAGUGUGAAGAAAACAAAUAUUUUUAGAAAUAGUGCUUCUGCAUUGACUUUUUCCCAUUUCAUAAAAAUGAUUUUAAAUCAUUGUAAAAGUCUGACUUUAAAUAUUCCGACAACUGUUCCACACGCAAAACACAUCAAAUACGAGUACGUAACCCUCUUUUACGGAGUUGCACUCGGAUUAUACCCGUUAAGCUCUUUUAUGCAAAUGAAAUUGAGUUGGAUGUCCAAGGUUACGGAAAAAAAAAAUCAACUAGCGAAAAAUAACGAAAAUUACAGCUUCCCAUAAAAAUGAGUAGGACUUUUUAGGACUUCAUUUCUACUGUCCAAACAUAGUAGAAGUUGAGAAUAAAAAGAAUAAAUUUCUUAAUUAAUUGCAAAAUUAAAUAAAGGAUAAAAAUGAACCUCCCGCAUUGAUCCCCACCGCUAACAAAGUUCUCGCUAUAAAUACAGCCGACUUUAUUUUCAGGAGGAGAUCGGUGAAAUCAUAGAGUCGGUGCCGCGAUCAUGCCUCGUUAAUGGAAACGCCGACAGUCGAGGCAGCAGCAUACGUCGCUCACGUAAACGAAACGUUGAGAUGUCGUCGCAGCCGACACGUCCAAUUGUCGAUGAUUACCUGGCGGAAUUCAAUAGUAUCAUUGCCAAUGAGAUUGAAGAGCUCACGAAAGAGAAAAACGCCACGAAGAUGACGUUGAAUUCUGACUACGACGAGCCACGUGAUCAAUUGAGGCACAGUGUCUACGACGAGCCAACUUUCGACUCACCAAAGAUCUGUACACAUAAGGCACCAUCGACUGAUCCAAUGCCAAGAUCAAACAGAAUGUUGAAGGUGGUUGCUAAGACGAAAGCAGAUGAUGCAGGAGCACAAUUACCGCCGUUUCCAGGCGAUUCUCGACGAAAAGCUAGUUUACCGAGCAACGGUCUGUUUGGACAGAAGAGGACCAGUCAUUACGGGAAGAUUGUGAAAUUGAAAAUCAACGAACCGGAUUACGAAGAAAUCCGCGAUCAGCUCACUUACGAAGUCAUCGGUUGCAGAUCCAAGUCGCUGGAUAAUCAUAAUAAACCCAGUUCUGCACCAAGCACACCGACUGAAGUCAAGCGUACGCCUUUUUCGCGACUUUUACGUAAACACAAACACACGCCGAUUUACAGAGACACAUCGGCCGAUGCUGUUCUGGUUCGCGUGUCUUCAUUACCUGAUCAAGACCUCGUCAAUUUGUCGAACGAUAGGAAAGCAAGUGUGAACAAGUCUUCCUCGAACAACGAAGUAUCGAAAAAGAAUCGAUCGAUGUCUCCAAUCCUGAGUUUACGUUCAGAUGCCAGUGCUAAGAGAUUAUCCGAAUCUGACAAAGAUGUUACAAGAAUUAGCUCUAUUGAAUUAAAAAGAUUUAAUGCUAACGACGUUGCUGUCGGUUGCGAUUUACCUGGUACUAUUGUCACAAGCAAUGGACACCUGAAAGCAAUCGUCAGUCUUGCAGACGGAAAUACCAGAUCAGGCUCGUUACCAAUAUCACUGCAAUCAUUACUCUCUCGCCUAACGAAAAGCAACGGCUCUUGCUGCUCGAGCAGUCCACCCGCGGAAAGUUUAGCCUGUGUGGACAUGGCCACACAGACGUCACCCGCUAUAUCUCGAAGCUCGAGUUUCACGUGGGUCAGCGAUUGUGAAUCUCCUCAUCAAGAAUUGAACGGAGAUGUGUUUGUGAGAUCAUUGCAAGACGAAACGAUUCUCAAUCCAACAUCCCCACAAAAUACCGUUGACGACGACAACAGAUCGUCUUCGUCGUCACAGGAUUUACUACAGAGUAUGGACGAGAUUUCAUCCGGCAGUUUGUCACCGGAUGCUACUGACCGUGCCUCUCCCCUUGAAAGUGGCAUUGGAACCGCUAGUCCUCCGAGGAGCACUGACCGAAGACUUGCCAAACCCCUGCCAUCCGUAUCCACAAAUAGCCCGCCGUCAGCAGGCAAGUGUCACCGCAAAGAGACGUGGGAGAGAAUACGUCGUCGACCUUCGAAAUUGGCCAGCAGCUCGUCACAACAGCCUCACGAUUGGGGAAGCAACGUGUGGGUCAAACGUGAAAGCGUUCACACGCAGACAACAGACGAGACGACAGCGUCACCAGCUCAAGCUAAUUCUCUUGAGGCAGUCGACAGCAGCAGUGGAUUAGACGAUUCGUUGCCAAGAGCAAAGACCGCUAGACCUAGUGAUCUACCACUCGCAGCGCCACUCUCGACUACUGCUAGUAGCUCGCUGAGUUCCAGUGAACUUGUUACCUGUACACCACCUCGUGGGCCUUCUACGCCUCUGGCGGUGAGCUUGCAACCACUCAAUGUGGAGUAUGCAAGUAAGAGUAACAGCGCGCCUUUUCUGGAUAAUAAUGCUGGCGUUGUUGACAUUGGCGCCUACGAGGAGACUAGCCGACAGCAGCCCCGUUCGCAGUCCGAACGACAACUAUCAGAAAUCGAGGCCCAGGAGGCGUGCAAAUGGCUGAGGGCAGCUGGUUUCCCGCAGUAUGCGCAGAUGUACGAAGAUUAUCAAUUUCCUAUUGACGUAACCGGCGUUGCCAAGGAUCACCCAUUUCUCGAGGCUGACUCUCUGCAGAGUCUCUUCCGCAGACUCCAUGCACUCAAUCGUUGCGCUAACAUGAAACUUGACACCCACCACCAUCAUCAUCAUCAACAUCAUCAUCAUCAUUCUCAUAACAUAACUAAUCACAGCAAAAGCAGCGUAGGUGGUACAACCGGCGGCGACGACUCAGACGAGGACACUCAGUGCGCAUUGAGUGAGAACUGGACCUUUGAGAAGAAGACGCGACGUUGGUCGCGUAUCUGCGACAUCACGCCUGGUAACGUGGAACGUCUGCAGGCCAUCGCAGGCCAGCAGCAGCAACAGCAAUCACAACAAACACAAUCAACAAUCGAUGACAGUUUAGACGAUCGUUUGGAACAAGACGAAGCUGACGACACGAUGCUCGACACACUUCGUUAUCGUAGUUUACCGCCAGGACCAUUACCUGAUGAACUUGGUACUCGAUUCAGACGAACCGGUUCGGAACGUCUACGCGACGGUGCCAAGGCAUUCCUUCGACGUAUGGAAUCUUUAAAAUCACGGAGGAGGAAGCAUCAGCAUAAUCGCGAUGGAGUUGUGAUAAGUGGACCACAAGUGUUAGACGUAUUGUCGAUGCAACAGCGUAUGAAGGAUCUCAAUUGCGUGGAUGUUUCUCCAACCGGAGACGUAUCAUUUGCCGAUCUCUUGCUAUCACCAUCACCCCUACAACUACAAGCUUCACCUACUACAGCGCCAACAACAUCUCCAUUUCAUUUGCCAGCACCCUCGUCGCCAAUGGCUAACACUGCUAGUGCUUUUGGUGAUGAUUCGUCGAGUUACUGUUCGGACGGUUCGCAAGGUGGUGGUCCUACGCCUACACCAACUAAAACUAAGAUGAAUAAGGCAAGAAGGUUUCUACAUCGUGGAUCUCGUGAGGAUCAAGGUGCACUUAGUGAUUCCGAAUGUCAACCGACAAGUUGGAGGCAUCGCUACUUUAAAAAUGCUAAUAGCAAUAACACUAAGGUUUUAGAUUAUGUCACCUCAAGCCCCAAGGACUCACCAUUGAAAGCGAGCAUCGUAAGUAAUGCAGCGAUCAAUACACGCGGUGGCAGUUUAAACUUAGGCAAAGAGUCGAAUCGCUAUCGCGAUAAGUUUUCUACGAAUAGCCACAAAGAAGACAAAGUGGCAGUAUUGAAACGCGAAGAGAAAUUCCAUAAAAGCUUCCGUCAUCGUAGCGCCGACGAGCCAAUUCGAACGGAGAAAAUCGUCACCAAAGAAGUGACGGUCUACCGUUCGGAAAAAUCUCGUACAACAGCAAGUAGCCAAGAGAGUAGUUCCACCGUUGCAAGUCGGGAUUCUGAUCAAGAGGAAGAUUCACCGAGACACAAGGGUAACGUCGUCAGGUGGCACAGUUUUCAAAGAGGAUCGCUCUAUCCAGAACCUCUUGAUCCGCUGUGUCCACGUGCUGUGGCGUCAAUGUCAUGUGGACAAUUGUUAGUGUUGAGAAAAUUAGCGCUAUUAAAGUUGACCGCAUGUAUGGAAAGAUACUGCCCGACCCACCGUACCGGCUGGAAUUGGGAAUUACCCAAAUUUAUCAGGAAGAUCAAGACUCCGGAUUACAAGGAUAAAACUGUCUUUGGUGUUCCGUUGUUACUGUCACUUCAGAGGACUGGUCAAGCACUGCCCAAGUGUAUUCAGAUUGCUUUGAGGUGGCUCAGGGCUAAUGCUUUGGAUCAAGUUGGAAUAUUCAGGAAGAGCGGCGUAAGAUCGAGAAUUCAGAAGCUCAAAACUAUGACGGAAACUCAAGGCGAUAAUAUUAAUUUUGACGGGCAGCAAGCCUUCGAUGUGGCUGAUUUGAUCAAGCAGUACUUCAGGGAACUGCCCGAGGCACUGCUGACUAACAAGUUGUCCGAGACGUUUAUUGCUAUCUUCCAGCAUGUACCAGUAGAACUACGACCAGAUGCAGUUCAGUGCGCCCUUCUCCUUCUACCCAACGAACAUCGCGAAGCUUUGGAAACAUUGCUCGACUUUCUGAAUCACGUGGCGGCGAAUGCACCUUACAACCAGAUGACCGCGUCGAACUUAGCAGUAUGUUUGGCGCCAAGCCUGUUCCACUUCAAUCAUAGCAACGCGAACGUGAGCAACAGGUCAAACAGCGUGUCACCGCGACGUCGAAAGACCGUUGGUAUACCCGACCAACGUGAACUUUCUGAAAACAAGGCGGCUCACGAUUGUCUGCUAUAUCUCAUCAAAACUCAUCGCGAGUUGUUCAUGGUGUCGUCAGACAUAUUGUCGCAGUGCCACUUCAACUACAUGGAGGAAAGUGUGCCAGUCCCGUUGGAGGAACUUGGCUCGGAACUCAAGCAAGACUGGAGGGGAUAUUUGUACGCCUGUACCUCGGCUUUGCUCAAGGAAGGUCGCGAAAAGAGCCGCGGCUGGGUGUCAGUGAACAAUCCUGCUGACUCAAAUGUCGAGAUGGCAUACAAAAAGGUAGGCGAUGGUCAUCCGUUGCGAUUGUGGCGCGUAACUACGGAAGUGGAAGCGCCGCCAGAAGAACUGUUGCACCGGGUGCUACGCGAACGUCACAUCUGGGAUCCACAGCUGCUCAAGUACCGCCAGGUGGCUAAGCUUGAUGCCAAUGCCGAAGUCUUUCAGUACGCUACUGGCAAUAUGAGCCCAUUACCAGCUCGUGACUAUUGCGUUUUGAGAUCAUGGCAGACAGAUUUGCCAAAAAAAGCGUGCGUUAUAGUUGAGACUUCCGUGGAGCAUGCAGACGCGCCGGUAAUGCUUGGCGGUACGCGCGGCAUUGUAUUAGCAUCGCGCUACCUCAUCGAGCACUGCGGAAGCGGACGAUCUCGUAUUAUGCAUCUAUCCAGAGUCGACACUAAGGGUCGCACACCUGAAUGGUACAACAAGAGUUACGGUCAUAUUGCAGCAUUGCAUUUGAGCAAAAUUCGUGCCUCGUUCAAGCACACAACGGACGGUCCGGAAAGCAAAGUCUGAGAUAAGUCGACCGCGCAGCCAUCGGUGCUGCGCGGUUCAACUCAUGAGAAACAGCAGGAGCAACGACAGCAGAAACAGCAGCCACCGGAAAAGCCUCCAUGUGCGACAGUGAUCGCCGCAGCGGUAGCUACAGCAAUUGACCAGAUGUCUGAGGUGCAACCACGGCAUGAUCCGCACUUUCUGCGACCUCCGACUACCGACAGCGAUUAAAAGUGAAUUUAUUUUUCGACCAAAAUGCGCAUUCCAGUGCCUAUCCAGACGAACUAUUUUAUUCUCACGUGUAUAGGUUGUUAUACGCGAGCACUAUCUUUGUUACCCAAACCCUUUCACACAACAUCCCUUUAUGUCGAAUGUGUAUUUUUCAUAUAAUGUGUAUAACCAAUGUCUAUACCCGACGAGUGCUGUAGACUUUUUUUACGAGAUGUUUCUUCCCUACGGACCAAAUGUCGUGUUUUCUUUUUUCUAAUUUUUUGGUUUUUGAACAAUGAUUAAUUAACGUAGGUAGCGUACAUAUAUAUAUUAUCCGCGUUUACGAGAUGCAGAUAUAUAAUCGCUAUAUAUAUUUUAAUACGUACGAAAAAGAUAGCGAAUGAAGUAGUUGUAGUAUUGAUAUUUUUUGUGUUUCGGAAGAGAAAUCUAUCGUAACGAGACGCUGUGCGUACCAAAAGUGAAUGUCAAACGUAUAUUUUUAAUGAGGAAAGAAAGAAAGAUACGCAUCGAACCAGAAGCUUUCAAAGCUAUAUAUGCGAUACCUGAAUAUUAUAUUAUAUACAAGAGUAGUUUGUAGCGUUCCUAAUUCGAGAGUCUUAUGUUAAUCCCGACGAAUUCGUUAGUUUUUAAGUAAAAAUAAGUAAAAUAUAUCUUCCUUUUGUACUCAAUCAAUUGAACAAGAAAAGAAAGUUAAAAUUACUGUAAUUCCUCAAGACCAAAUAUGUCAAGACAAAAGCAAAGCCUAUUCACGAGUGUCAAAUUGAUUAAAGUCACAAAGCGUUCCAUUAGUUUUGUCGUAUAUUUAGUGGACAAAAUAAACCUACGCUCGUGUCUAUGUGUUCGAAGUUGUUAAUCGUCACAUGUUAUUCUCGAAUUUAAGAAGUAAAGACAGAAAAACAAAUAACUAAAGAAUUUACCAUGUGGACCAGUUUGAAGUGGCCCAAAAACUCUAUAUAUAAUACAGAAAGAUAUAAAUACGUUUUGUUGGUGUGUGUUAGCGCGCGCGCAAGUGUGUGUGUGUGUGUGUGUGUGUGUGUGUGUGUGUGUGUGUGUGUGUGUGUGUGUGUGUGUGUGUGUAUGUGUGUGUGUGUGUGUGUGUGUGUGUGUA